AUGGCAUGCCAUGCCGCCGAGGGAACACCGGCGACAUCCCUGCGGCAUGGCAGCGGCAUGGUGGACAACGGCAUACAAGCCCUGCGAGUGGAAGAAGUUGCACCGAAAAAGAAGUAUACAAGAUGGGCUGACAAAAAGAAAUGGAUGCAAGAAGAAGAGGCGGCGUUGGCACAAGCGUGGAUUCAUAUUUUCACAUGUAGAGUAGUCGGUAAUGAACAAGGACGGGAUAAGUUUUGGGAGCGAAUUUUGGAGCAUUUCUCGAAGGAGUUGGAUGGUACAACUCGAACAAAGGAUAGCCUCAACACCAAGUGGAGCAACAUGUGUACGACAAUAUCAACGUUCAAUGGAUGCUUCAUCCAAGCGGAUGGUGUAAAGAAUAGUGGAUGUGAUGAUAUAAAUGUGAUGACUGAGGCGUUGAAGGACUACAAAAUAAGAACCGGGAAGGAGUUCACGAGUAUUGCAGCUUGGAAGGUUGUGAAAGAUGAAGCAAAGUGGAAGGAAACAGUUCAAGUUGGGCAAACAUCUUCGGCUCAUUCGGAUAAGCGAAGAAAGUCGUCAGAAGGAGGCAAUUAUGAGUCGUCUAGUAACAAUGACGAUGCCACUGUGUUGCCGGAUUUGAAUGAGUCAAGCACUCCUAGUAGUCGGCCAAGAAAGGGCCGAAAGAAUGUGGGGCCGUCGUCGUCAAAGGGGGGAGGUUAUUUUUCAGCUUUUACGGAGGAGUAUGCGGAGAAGAAAAGGCAAAAUAUGGAGGAAGCGAACAUGAAGAAGCAAGCAUUGUUGGACUUACAACUCGAGCAUCAAACUACCAAGACCAAGAGGAGUGACUACAAGUUUUUCAACACCCCACACGCGACAUCCGAUCCAAGAAGCAGAGAGUGGGCGAUUGAGCAAAAGCGGGAAAUUGCGGCGAAGUAUGGAUGGGAGUUUAAUGAGUGA